ACCGCAGAGCAAAAUUUUCAGUUGAUGCACUGGAGAAGGCAAAUAUUUUCGCCGUGUCAGAGUAACAUCCGACUACUGAAGUUUUUAUCGACCAACUGGAAACAGCGAUUGCCUAGACCUAUAAAUAUCUGCCAAAGUCGACGUAGCAGCAAUAGUAGGCUCUUUUCCACUCUUGCCCCGCCGACGGUACUCGAUAUUUACUAUUUGCUGUUUACGGAGCCGAAGAUGUCUGGAGAGAUCGUCCACGAGACCAUCAAGGAUGGCUGGUUCAGAGAGAUCUCUGACAUGUGGCCUGGCCAGGCCAUGACCCUGAAGGUGAAGAAGGUGCUGCAUCACGAGAAGAGCCAGUACCAAGACGUCCUCAUCUUCGAGUCCACCAACUACGGCACCGUCCUGGUUUUGGACAACGUCAUCCAGUGCACUGAGCGGGAUGAGUUCUCCUACCAGGAGAUGAUCACCCACCUGGCCCUCAACUCCCACCCUGACCCCAAGAAGGUCCUAGUCAUCGGUGGCGGUGACGGGGGUGUCCUCCGUGAGGUUGUCAAGCACGAAUGCAUCGAGGAGGCUAUCCUCUGUGAUAUCGACGAGGCCGUUAUCCGCCUCUCUAAGCAAUACCUCCCUGGUAUGGCCGAGGGCUUCAAACACCCUAAGGUGAAGGUCCACGUUGGCGACGGCUUCAAGUUCUUGAACGACUACAAGAAUGCCUUUGAUGUCAUCAUCACCGACUCGUCCGACCCGGAGGGCCCCGCCGAGAGCCUGUUCCAGAAGUCUUACUUCCAACUGCUAUACGAUGCCCUGCGCCCCGGCGGCGUUAUCACCACUCAAGCCGAGAACCAAUGGCUCCACCUGCCGCUCAUCACGAAGCUCAAGAAGGACUGCGGGGAGGUGUUCCCCGUGGCCGAGUACGCGUACACGACCAUCCCGACCUACCCCUCGGGUCAGAUCGGCUUCAUGGUCUGCUGCAAGGAAGCCGGUCGCGACGUCAAGAAGCCCGUCCGGUCCUGGUCCCCCGAGGAGGAGGCCAAGCUCUGCAGGUACUACAACGCGGAGAUCCACAAGGCCAGCUUCAUCCUACCCACUUUCGCCGCGCAGGCUCUGCAAUAGGCGCGGAAUGAAGCGGGGAAUGCUGAUCAGGUAGAUUCGGGAUGAGGGACUGACUGGUGGGCUCGGGUAAUGAAUGUUUAUAUGAAAGCUACUGAACGAAUUGCGCGUUUGUCGUAGAUGUCCUAUUUAGGCCGAGGGAUAAGGCUGGAUAGGUAGCCGGAGGAUGAUAGGUAUAUCGACUUAAGGUUAAGAGUCCCCCCUUUAGAAAAAUGGAAUCAUUGCAUCA